CCUCCCCCCCCCCCCCCGUCUCCCUAAUAUGGAGCCGAAAAAUGCACCAGAAGCAACACUAGCUUCCAUUGACAUCAGUAAUCAGCGCCUGUUCGAACUACCUGAUGGUGUGUGGCGAGGCAAACACUGCAUGCCCGUGGAGAGAUUCCUGGCCGCCUACAACUACUUCUCAUAUCUCCCACCACAGCUACUAUGGAACAUGCCACUGCUUAGAGUGCUGGAUCUGCGACAUAACUGCUUUGUCUACCUUCCUGAUGGCCUACAUCAUCUGGCAAGCCUGCAGCAACUUCGCCUCAGCAGUAACAAGCUGAAAGCACUGCACACAGCAUGUGAUCAGCCUGGACCCACGGCUGCACAAAGUGGUACUGGGAAACAACAGCAGACUGGUACAAGCAGCAGUGUUCCUCAGCUAUCUCAGCUAAGACUGCUUACAACCCUAAGCAUUGGGCACAAUUUUGUCAAGCCAGAGCAGCUCAGCAGGAUCAACAACAUGAGAAGUCUGGAAGAUGUUGAUGCCACCAACAAUCGCCUAAAAGAUCUGCCGCGUGCUUUCCUUGCAAACUGCAGGCGCCUUCGUCGCAUUGCUAUCGGUGGCAAUCCCAUUGGACGAAUCCCCAGAACAUUGCUGGUGAACAUUCUUCGUGGAGUUGUGGCAGAGUUGUCUUUCCCAGGCAUGCGGCUGACAUGGCUGCCAGAGGAAUUGGGUGAGCUGAGUACACUCCGCGAGUUUGAUGUCAGUGGAAAUUUGCUAACAUGUUUGCCAUCCACCAUGGUUAAACUUUCCAAUCUUGAAAGUCUCUACCUCGACAACAACAGCUUUGCACAUGCUCCGGAGAUCUUGUAUCAUCUGAGGUCCUUACAGCAGCUCACCAUGUCGCACAAUCACCUGGAGCACAUCUCACACAGGUUUGCCAAUCUUAGCUGUUUGGAAGUGCUGGACGUCGACCAUUGUCACUUGAGGUGGAUCCCCAGCCAAGUGUUCGGCAUGAAAAGCUUGCGUCUGAUAAAGGCACGUGGAAAUCAGCUGUGUGGUCUGCCGGAGCAGCCUGCUCCGCAAUCGGUUGAAAUUCUUGCAGACCAGCACACAUCGCCUACAGAAGACCCGGCAUGUCGAUCCAUCAUGGAUCCUGACCUAUUAGCUGAGUACAAUUGCUCUAGCAGUGGGAGCUGUAACUACUGGCACGGCUCAGAAAAGGUACUGCUGGUAGGUGCCAGAGGUGUAUGCAGCCGAGUGUUUUCCAGUCUUAGCCUGCACGGUAAGGCAGCUGCUUCAAGUGAGACUGUGGAAGCAACCAUGGGAGUCAAUGGAGGUCUGAGGCAAUGCAAGAUCUCUGUACCAGCUUGCAGCUGCAAUCCAAACAGCAAGGCAGUGAAAACUAUUCACCUCACUCUUCUUCCUCUAGAAAGCUGCGGUCAUGGUAGUACCAAUCUGUUCCUGAGCUGUCACCCUAACGUUCUACUCUGUAUGGAUGUUACCGAGCUAAGUGCUUCUGCGGACACAUCCGUCUCGGACAUCAUUGAGAUGAUAUCCUGUGCUGGCAGUCAAGUGAAUCUCAUGCUGGUUGGACUACACAGUGCCAAUGAGGCGCUAUCUUCUGUACAGUGCAAAUCCUGGCAUGACACCAUACACAAGGUAACGGAUCAAGUGGAAGCAGCCUGGAAAGACCAAGUUCAGACAUGGCAUGCUAUGAGCGACCGCUUCCACCAGUACAGCUCCAACAAGCUAGAGGAUCUAGAGGCGGAUCUCAUUGCUCAAGAGCUGAGCAUGUUAUGGCAGUGGCCAUCCAUUGCUGCAGCAACCUCCUCGCAGGAAUCAACCGAGAUUCUGGAAACUGUCAGCAAGCUGAUGGCAUCGGAUGAGCAUGGCUCGCCGUGUCUGCCCAUUGCCUGGAUGCUCUUAACGGAUGCCAUCAACAGUGAGUCUCUGAUGGUGAAAGCAUUGCCACUGGCUGCCGUUAUAGAGCUUGCUGAAGGGUUUGGCAUGUCAGCCAGCACAGCUACAGAUGCUCUGGAGUACCUUCACUACCACGAGCGUAGCGUCUUCUCCAGCCAUGUUCUACCCACAGGUCUAGACCAGUGCAGUGCUGAUGUGGUCUUCACGGACAUUGCAUGGAUGCUGGCACGGCUGGAGGUGCUUGCAACCCAGCUCAAUGAGGACAAUUCGCCUACGGCAGCCUCGGAGAGCAACACUGGUGUAUAUGCACAGUGGCGGCGCUCAGCAGAUGUGCACUCGUCAUUGUCAGAAUUCACGUUGGACGUUGAGGUCAGGAAUGCCCUGCUGGCCAUUGCUGUACACUUUGGAUACGUGAGUGGUGAUGUGUUUGCUGUUGCAGCCGUAGCUAGUGCUGCUGCUGCUGCACACACGGACAGCCUCUACGAUGAACAGCAGAGUAUUGACCAGUUCUGCAGAAGAGUAGUAAAGUCUGCGUACAGUGGUACGAGCAUACACGACAGCUGGAAGGACGCUGUUGCCGAUGAUCAAGAUGAGCUUGGCUGCCUGUUUGCAAUGGACGAGGUGAAUCUGCUGUUCGGUGAUUUUCUGGCCCGGUGCAGCCAUGCCGCAGAUAUCACUGUCGCGCUUCCGAACAGCGCUGGUAGUGUCUGCAUGCGAAUGGCCUCGUUCUGGCAAGUUAAACUGACUCAGUGUAGCCCAACCAGUCCACAUAGCAAUGGAGCCAUGUGUGUACGACUGCAGCUGCGAGCACCACACGGUCUCUGCCAAGCAACAUGGCUGCUUUUUGGCUGGCUCGUGACCACUGGUGUCCGUCUGUCUCGCGAGUACCCGACAUCGAAACUGGUCUGGCCAUGUCCGCACUGUGCAAGGGAAGUACCUGACGGAGCGGAAGCCGGUUUCAAGGAGGUCGCCACGAUCGAUGUGUUGCAGGUCACUACCAGUGGUCUUGAGCUGCUGAGCUGUCCAUCAACAGGAGCACUAUUCCACAGGCACUUGCUAGCAGCACCUGAUGCUGAUGCUGAUGGUAUGUCCGAGGAACAGCACCUGAUGGCUGACAAUCUGCGAGCUGUCUUGGCAAGCGCUCACAGGCUGGCCGUGUCUGCUAUGUCACAGCACCAGCAGUGCCCAUGUGUAGGCCUUGUCAGGUCAGUCAACUCACGGCACGACGGAUCAAGCUGCCCUUCAGCGGCAAAGGAAGCAGUAGGAGCUGGCUCCGUACAGUGCCACAAUGGUCUUGUUGUGAAUGCUGGAGACAGCAGCACCAUCAUUGUGCUGGAAAAUGCUACCAUUGUAACAGAUUGCUCAGCCUGUACAGAGCAAGGACUCCUAACAGUCGACGGCCGGACUGAUGAAAGCCAACAGGAACAUGCCAUUACACGGGGCAUGCCGGCAAUUCAGGAUGGCUGGAGAGACCAGCAAACCGCCCGGAGAGGAGAUGGUGACCUGAUGACAGAGGAGCAUGCGAUACGAGCAGCCUUGAGAACACUUUCCGAUUGCAGUAGAGCUCAGCUGGAGAGAGCAGUUCAAUCAAUGCAGAGAAUACUCAGUGAUGGUUACACUGCCGAUGAUGUGCGUUUAGUGCAGGACCUGGUGAGAGGACAGGCGAGGGAUGAUGGAGAAGCCAGCGGUUGCACUCCCAUGCAAGCAGAUGACCAGGAGCUAAGCAGCGCCAACAGGCACAUGGUAGUACCACAGGCCACAGAUGAAGAGUUGGGUGCAGCUGCUGCUGAGCAACUGACAGGCAGUGGCGGCAGCAACGAACAAGCCGCUGCUGAUGGUGUGUGCCCUUCCAACUGCACACAGGCACCUGCACCUGUUCACAACGAUCCUUCUAUCCGUGGCCUGCCACUGUCUGGCACAAGCCCUCCUCCAGAUCGUUUAGUUCACCGAGCUGUGUACAGUGACAUCGCUGGCGAUCUGCCGGUUCACACAGUAGCGUCAAACAACUUCAGUCCUGGUUUACUGGCAGCAGUUGUGAGAACAGUUUGUCAUGAAGUGCUGGCUCAGUUAGAGUAAGGCCUUGCCCUGUCUUCCCUUCGUUACUUCACUAUCCCUGGUUAAAAAGAAGGCUAGUCAUGAGCACAGCCAUUGCCAUUCGAACAAGGACAUCUAUUUUUAAUUUCUUUUUCAAGUAAUUUUUUUCAUAUCUUGAGUCUAACUAAUCAAUGUUUUUUUUAAACAUGCUUUAAUAUACGUAGGCUUAUACAAGUGCUACUUUGUAAGCACUGGCAACACAUUCAGUUUGCCAAAUUUCUCCACUAAAUAACACUGACAUUCUGGCAAUCUCCGAAAAUACUGACAUAGUAUAAUUAUAUUUGAUCAGAAUGAUGCACAUAAGACGUGACGUGA